CGAGACAGAAAAGCGUCCUUCCAUAAUCAAAUUAAUCAUAACAAAGGAAAAUACUCAAGUUAGCUAAAAAGAAUAUGGACAAUAGUAAGCGGACUGUUGUUGUAACAGGUUUUGAGCCUUUUGGAGAGCACACUAUUAAUGCCAGUUGGGUAGCAGUCCAGGAACUGAAGAAGCUGGGCUUGGGAAAGGACAUAGACCUGCAUGUAUACGAGGUGCCUGUUGAGUACCAGGCCGUCCAGAGUUUGGUUCCAUCACUCUGGAACCAAUACCACCCCCAAUUAGUGGUCCAUGUCGGAGUCUCUGGUAUGGCCACCACCGUUACCUUGGAGAAAUGUGGUCGUAACCAUGGCUACAAGGGUCUCGACAACAGCCGCUUCUGUCCCCAUUCUCAGUGUUGCAUUGAGGGGGGCCCUGACUGCAUUGACUCUGUUAUUGAUAUGGAAUCGGUCUGCAAGAGAGUGACAGCCUCUGGCCUAGGGGUAGCAGUGUCCGUCUCUAAAGAUGCUGGCAGAUACCUCUGUGACUUCACCUACUACACCUCUCUGUAUCUGAGUCGUGGGCGCUCCGCGUUCGUCCAUGUGCCUCCGAUUGGAAAGCCUUACAAUGAAGUGGACUUGGGUAGAGCCCUACAAGCCAUCGUUCAAGAGAUGCUGGACCUUCUGGAUCAAGCCGAAGGGAAGAUCCACUGUCAGCAUGUGCACUAGCUGACCUGCAAAAGCCAUUUGCCUUUAGCCCUGUACACACACACACACACACACACACCAGAGACAGUGCACUUAACCAUAAAAAGCCAAACAGGUUUUUUUUAUAAUACCUCAGAAAUCUCAACCAUAAAGACACACAGUUUAUUCUCUCCACAACCACUUAUUCAUGUCAUUUGUCAAUGUGGCCUUAAACCCCUGACCUGACCCCAAUGUUUUUAUAUCCUAAUGGUUGUGGAUAGAGGUGAGUGAAGCUGAUCCAGGUUCAGUUUUUUAGGUGUAACCUGAGCUUUCUGCACACCUUCAUGACAUAGAGAGAGUACCCUGAGUAAGAAGACUUGUUCCUCCUGUGUUCUAAGGAAUGGAACUGGAAUUACUGGAGCUGUCAGUGUUGAGCCACAUGCUUGUGCUUAGAGUGCCUCUCUUUAUGGAUGGGAUGUUGAGAGGCUAUCAUGUUUGUUUUCUUCCCCGUAUUUACACUGUAAUCUUAGAAGCAGGGUUAAUGUGUGAAAUAGCCCUUUUCUACAACUCACCUCACACAUUAUUUAUUGGUAUCUAUCUUUUGUUUAUUUAGUCAUUUUAAGGGGAAUUUCUGCCUUUGGUUGUUAGCAUCCUAGAGAGCUAUUUUCAUCAUCAGCUUUUAAAUUACAGUCUUUAGACAUUCACCUAUAGGUGCUGCUAAAGUCGUGCUAGUACUUUAAUGCAUAUUAAAUGGUGCUUUUAUAAGGUGUUUAGCUAGAUAUACAGUUAAGGCCAAAGGUAUUCAUUCCCAUGCCACAUUUUGAGCCAUAGUGUAUUUGUAUUUGACCAAUAGGUUUCUUCUGGCAGGAUGACAUAAACCACUGACAAAACACGGUAAGAUAUUGUGCAGGAGAUACAAAUGAAUAAAGCAUUUUCCAAAAUGUUUUUAAUGAAAAAUGCCAUAUACCACAUUAUUUAUACCUCUUAAACUUUUAGCAAAUUUUCGAGAGAAUGCAAGUUUCUAUUCCAUUUAAAAUUGUCUUGUAAUUUCCACCAUGAGAGUGCAUUCUAAUCACCUAUAAAUGGAGAACAGCUGAACAGCAGUAGUUCUAUAGUCAGUUACAAGUCAAGACUAAAAACAGAAAUGGUUACGUUAUUUGUAUCUCCAGCACAAUGUCUUACCGUGUUUUGUCAUUUAUUUAUGUCAUUUCCA